AUGAAGGCCAAGGCGGGCGCCGACUUUGCCAAGGUCCUCGAGACGCUGACCGAGAAGCAGACGUCGGACCUGCACUCGCGCCACGUUGCACUUCUCGAGAGCACGACGCUCAACCACCCACUAGGGUUUCGGCUCGCGGACCUCCCGGUCGUCGCUCAGAUCCUCGAAGCGGCGUACGCAAAGAUUGAAGCCGGUGUCGAUGAGCUCAUCGCGCCCGUGUGCGCGUGGACGGUCCACUGCAGCAAGCCCUAUCUGCGCACCAAGUCGAACGAAGAGUUUACGAAUCCGCAGCUGCUGCAUAGCAUGACGCGUCUUCUCGGCCGGUUCUUGACGUCGUUUGAAGCGCAGAUCCAGGUCGCGGCCGCCGAGACCUUGCUCAACAUUGCGACCGGCAACUGCUUGAGCAACUCGGUGCGCAGCAGCUCCAACGUCGACGAAAACCUCGACGACCAGCGGCCACUGCCCCGCGACUACUCGCAGCAGCUCAUGGAAAAGUGUGGCAUCGUGCCCGCGCUUGCGUCGGCGCUCGAGACGCUCGUCCACGACCAGCUCGAAAACGAAGGCGACGAUCCGUCGAGCGGCCGCAUGGAUCUGCUGCUCUUUCCGCUCGUCGACUUGAUCCAAGAAGUGUCGAGCUGGGGCCCGAACGCCCAGGCGCUCACGCAGGCCGGGACGCUGGCGUACAUCAUCGAGAUCCUCGACAGCAUCCACGAUCUCCGCGACGAGCUCCUCCCGCUGUGCAUGGAGAUCCUAUGGAACGUCCUCGAGACGUGUGCGUCGGCCACUUGCAGCAUCCAGCGCUGCGUGUCGCGCAGCGUCCUGAUCCACGCCUUCCGCACGACGAAUGCGAUCCACGUCAUGGGCUCGCCUCGUACGUUUGACGUGCUCCACAAGCUUUUUACGCAGCUGCUACUGCAAGGGCACCGCAAGCAAGACAAGGAACUCCGCAACAUGUGCCUCAUGAUCGCCGACAUCCUCGCGUCCAAGCGGCGCAACAUUCCUUGUUUCGAAUCCUCGCAGUGGCUGCACACGCUGCUCCAGUAUGCGACGGCGUGUGAAACCGGGCAGUUGUCGGGUCUGGCCAAAGCCACCAAUUUUGCGAGCGCGAGCGACGAAGACUUUGAGCUCAAGCACAUUCUGUGGAUCCUCCUCUCGGACAUUUGCACGGGGCACGAGGCCAUGGUACCGAUCGUCGCCGACUCGGCGCUAGUCGACGUGCUUUUGAUGUACGUCGCCAUGCGGCCCGACGACGCGCGUACGCCGGUCGCGGCGCAGUGGACGCCGUCACAGCGCCGGACGCUCCAAGUACUCGCACUCAACGUGCUCUCGAACCUCACGGCCUUGGUGCCCGAGCGCUUCGUCGCGGUGAACGGCCACGUCGUGAUCCUCGAAUUCGUCACCGCGGCGACCGACCCGGAGGCGUGUGCAGUUGCGCUCUUGAUUCUCAUGCAAGUGGUAACGACGCCGACGCUGCAGCAGGACAUUGGCGACAUCUCGGGCGUCGAAGCCAUGCUUGCGCUCUUCUGCAACACGUCGCACCCGUGCUCGAUUCGGCGCACGGCCAUCACCAUCUGCAGCCAGCUCUGCGCGCACCAUGAGGACAACCAAGCGCGGUUCCGCCGCGCGAACGGCAUCAACGUCCUCCUGCAGUCCAUGCGCUUCAACCCGUCCGACGCAGUCCGCCAAGACAACCUUAUUGUAGCGAUCGUCGGCUGUGUCUGGUCGAGUAUCAUCGGCAACCCGGACAACGAAAUUGCGUUUAUCCAGUCGGAAGGCGUCGACAACUUGCUCGACUUGUUGGAGCUCGCGCCGCGCAUCAUGUUUGGCCAAGUACUUGGCGCGCUCGCCGAGCUGUGCGUCAACCCGAAAGCGUCUGCGUACUACCACGCGUGGAAGAGCAAGAAGCACAUUAGCGCGUCGCAAAUGCUUCUGCUCAUGUACGCCGACGAAGAGAAGCGGCUAAGCGUCGCACGCCCGCCGACCGGCGUCAUCUCGAACGUUCACCGCCCACUGCUCGCGCACGGCUUGGACGACCAGACGAUCAUGGCGGCCUCCCCCGAGACGCGCGCCGUGUCGCCGCCACCCGUGGCCUUUCUGCGGCUCAAACAAGCCAUCACACACGCCAAGGGCUUCCGCAACACCGACCCGAAUCGACGGCUCGCGACGGCAACGGAGAAGAUCGACUUGCGCGCCAAGAUCUACGCCGUGCUCGCCAGCGUUGGCUUUUCCUGCAUGGCCGACGGCGAGCUUUCGUACGAGGAGCAAAUCACGCUCGCAGUCGCCAAGGAGUUUCCAGUGUUCCGCCUCGGCAUGGUCUGGCUCGACGUCAAGUUGGCGCUGGUCGCGCAUGGCAUCCGGCCCAUUUACGCCGACGCGCUCCUCAUCGAGCGCCACCUCCACGAGGCAUAUGCGAUUGUGCAGAACGUGCGGCACACGCAGCGCGCGAUCUUUGCGCGGCGCGAGGCGGACGAGGCGACCGAAGAAGACAUCUUUUUGCGAGCCAUGACGGCGCAUUUGGAGGCGAAGAAACGCAAGGCGGAAAUGAUGCGCAAGGUGUCGCUACCGGGCGAGACGGGCGCCAGCACCAGCUUCUUCAAGGACCCGCCGCCGAUCUACCACGAUUUGUAA